ACUGACAACACUGUUAGGUGUUUUUUGCAGAAAUGCUGGAAUGAUACGAUUGAGUCAGUGCAGCUGAUUUCAUUUCGACAAUUGAUGGAAAUUGCUCCGAUGAAUAUUCUGUAACCGUGUCAAGUAUCCUUUGGACAUGCAUUUAUCACGCGGCGAACCUAUGUCAGUGUGUUCCCUGUACGGUUAACUAACUUCAAACGUGGUGUACGACGUCUGUGUCAUUUUUUGUUCUAUUGCGAUACUACCGUACGCCGCCAAGUCUUUUACGUAUAAUGGAUGAAACAAGUUUCAAGUUGCUAGCAAAGUAUCUACCAUCUACAUAUGUUCAACAAGCUAAAGAUGCACGGAAUACUACAAAUUUCUUGUUUAAUCAACUACUUGAGAAGGGAAAAUGGCCAGAAGAAGGAUGGAGUGAACGGAAUAUUGAAAUUCUAUUAGAUGAACUGGCAUCUUUAGAUAGCAAUAAUUUUUUGAAAAAUCAUGGGGUUGGUGAAAGAGAGGCAAGGAUUGCAUCUUCUCUUGUAGCCAAACGCAACUUCCAUCUGGGACAUGGGCUUGGUCGUUCAGGAGACUUGACUGAAGUACAGCCAAAAGCAGCUGGUUCUAGUGUUCUAUAUCAGUUAACAAAUGAUUUGGCCAGAGAUGUGUUGCGUACACUGGGAGUUCCUGACGUCAAAGCUUGCUUUGUGGCUCCUUUGGCCACAGGCAUGAGUUUAACCCUAAUAUUUCUUUGCUUACGUCAACAACAACCUAAAGCUAGAUAUAUAAUAUGGUCUCGAAUUGAUCAAAAAUCCUGCUUUAAAUCAAUCACCACAGCCGGUUUUGAGCCAAUCAUCGUCGAACCCAUUUUGAAUGGGGACGAGUUGGUAACGGACACAGGAAAAAUUGAAGCUAUCAUGAAGCAAAUGAAUCCAGAGUUGAUUGCUUGUGUGAUGACCACAACCAGUUGUUUUGCUCCUAGAGCUUGUGACGACGUCGAAACAGUAGCUGUUUUUUGCAAAAUUUAUCGCGUCGCCCACGUCAUAAAUAAUGCAUAUGGGGUACAAAGUACUAAAUGCAUGCACGUCAUCCAACAAGCUUGCAAAAAAGGUCGUGUCGAUGCAUUUGUUCAAAGCACGGAUAAGAAUUUCAUGGUGCCUGUUGGUGGUACCAUUAUUGCUGGCUUCGACAAAUCUUUUGUCAAUAAAAUAAGUCAAUGCUAUCCAGGUCGUGCUUCUUCUAGUCCUAUUGUAGAUUUGUUUAUCACGCUUCUUUCUCUAGGAUCUAAAGAGUACAAAACUUUAGCGAGAGAACGGAAGCAUUUGUUUCAGUUACUCAAAGAAGGACUGGCUAUGAUUGCCUCUCGCUUCGGGCUGCGAGUGCUCGAUACCCCCGGCAACUCCAUUUCCAUAGGAAUCUCAUUGCCGCCCGUAAAAGAUCCAAAAUUGCUAACCCAGCUGGGUUCUCAACUAUUUCUUCGUUGUGUUUCUGGUACACGUGUGGUCUCCAAUCUUGAAAUUAAGGUUAUCAACGGCCACGAAUUCCGAAGCUGGGGAGCGCACCACAGUAACUAUCCAACGGGAUAUUUGACUGCCGCAGCAACAAUUGGAAUGACGGCCGUCGAUGUUGAACAGUUCCUUAAAAGACUAACCAAAGUAAUGGAAUCUUGGAGUACCAAAACAAUUCCUAUGGUUUUACCGUCACUAACAAAUGGACACGACGGCUUUACCCAUCUACUGACAUCUGAUCAUCUUGUUGAUCAAGAAUCCAGUGUGAUAUGAAGUCCAUACCAAACAAUUUCUUUCAAAGAGGACUGAAUCAAGUUUCUAUAAUUCAAAAUUUUUGUAUCUAUUCUCCUGAGCACACCCCAGUGCGUAUUGUGGUUGACCUAAUCAAUGUUUAAGUUUUGAACUAAAAACUUAAAUAAAAAAAACAACAAAACA